CAAUGUCAUUGUGACGGUUCUCGUUGCGUUUUGUAUCAGUUUUUUUCAGACAGCAGAAAUUGUUUUACGUAUUUUUUGUUUGGUUGAGAAUAAAAUAAAUUCUUGAAGUGUAUCAAAAUACAUUUGUAAAUUGAUCAUACGUGAUAUGUGCUUAGUGAACAUUAAGUUUGUGGCCAAAUGGGUAGUGAACUAAACAUUAAUACGUGUGAGACCAGGUUCACAGAAAACUAUUUGUUAUGCCAAGAAUCUUUCUGCCAUGUUUCCUUUGGACUAAAUAUAUUAUUUUGCCAAUCAUUUAUCAUGUCAUUAUCGGCAUCUUGAGUGUAGUAAGCAGGACAUGGAUUGGAAGUAUUUUUGCCAUUAUGUGGAAUUGGACCGGGGGAUGGUUCAGCUGGACUCGGCAGUCAGAUGAGAUGUUAAGGAACGUUGAGAAAAAAAUAUUGUCAUGUUUGAAAACUGUCUAUAAACGUUUUUACGUAGACAUCGGGUCCGUAGUGGGCCAGGGCGAUAAAAUAUGGACGAUCUCCCUCAACGAAGAUUCUCCGAAGACGCCCCUAGUUUUGUUACAUGGCAUGGGCGCAGGGCUGGCGCUCUGGUGCCCUAACCUCGAUUCCCUCGCGGCAACAAGACCUGUUUAUGCUAUUGAUUUACUAGGUUUCGGCCGCAGUUCCCGUCCAAAGUUCGGCAAAGACGCCGACAAAGUAGAAGCACAAUGGGUCGAGUCCGUCGAGGAAUGGCGGCGGGAGGUCAAGCUUAAUAAAAUCAUCUUGCUGGGGCACAGUCUCGGUGGAUAUAUCGCUACCGCUUAUGCUUUGAAAUACCCUGAAAGAGUGCGCCACCUCAUCCUGGCGGAUCCGUGGGGGUUUCCGGAGAGACCUUCAGACGUGUACGAGAAGUACCAAGUGCCUUUAUGGGUGCGCGCUGUCGCCGUAGCGGUCCAGCCUUUGAACCCUUUGUGGCCCGUCCGCGCAGCCGGGCCCGCGGGAAAAUGGCUAGUCAGCAAGACAAGGCCUGAUAUAUCCAGGAAAUAUGUGAAUUACGUAAAGGAAGCUGAGACAGUUAUACCGGAGUACAUUUACCAGUGCAACUCACAGACGCCCAGCGGAGAAAGUGCGUUCCACACUCUAAUGCACGGGUUCGGCUGGGCGAAGAACCCCAUGGUGCGACGCCUGGAGCAGUUGGACCCGUCGCUCCACGUCACCGUGCUGUACGGCUCCCGGUCCUGGGUGGACAACAGCACCAGCCAGGUCUUGUCUGAACAUAGACAGUCCAAGAACACAUAUGUACAGGUAAUCAACGGUGCUGGCCACCACGUGUACCUUGACAAGCCUGAUCUUUUCAACAAAUACGUUCUCGAGGCGUGCUCCGUAGCGGACAACACCCCCGACGAGCGUCCCACAGGGGAACCAGAAACCACUGAGGAAUCCACCACCUCUUGAUAGCGCGGAGAGAUAAACAAAGGAGUAUACGUUUACGUUGCAUAGUACGAUUCACAGGGUAGGCAAAUUCACGAUUGAUAAACGACUGUGUGUGUGUGGUUUUUACAUGAUUUUAGAAACGAUAAGCACUGUUUAGAAUACACGUCCGAAUAAUGCGUAGAGAGGGGCUUUCAAUCAAAAGACAGUUAACGGACGCAAAAUCUUAUUGAGAUUUAAUCGCAGACAUUUUCACUCGGCUGAGAUUAUUUUAACUAAAAACAAGUCUUACUCUUUCCUUCACAAAAAAAAGUAAUAUGCAAGCAAAUCUUAACUUUACUACGAUGUAAUCAAUCCUGAAUUUUUCUAAUUGAAGGUACGCAAACUCACGAUUGAUAACUUAUAAUAUGUUUAAUUACGGGCGUAAAUUUUUACUGUGAUUUUUAUAUGUAAGUCAUUGUUUGAUAUCAUUCUAGCCAAUCAGAGCCUACAUUCAUCCCCAUCAAGAAUGGAUCAAUUGCAUGGGAAUAAUCGGUCUAAAACAAAUACAUGCUUUGCAUGAUAUUAACUGACAAAUGUUCUCCGUAUUAAAUUCACGACCAAAGAGCGUUUUAUACGCGACUGUCCAAAAAUGUGUGUUCGUUUUUUCAAUAAUUAAGUAUUGUUAAUAAAAGUCCUGACUUUCAAAAUGUAAACAUGAAAACUUUGUUUCAAAAAACCCCUUUUUUAUUGCUAACCUUUUGUAACAUUUGUUCGUGUAAUGUAACUGCCAGUCGCUUUUAUAUUUUUGAUGUAAUGUUAUUACUUAUUUAAAAAAGAAGUCGCGACAAUUUUUUAAGAGGUUGAACAAUGAUAAACUAAAGUUACGAAGGAGCGUGAAUUCAAUUGCCUAUUUAAAUCACGUCAAGCUAUUUCGAACCGAAUUGAAAUUGUUAUAAAGUAGAUUAUACUAUACAUGCUGUAUAUUAAGGGGUUAUGCUUGUGUAGAUAAUUACUAAAAGAUGUGAUUUUAUCGUGAGCGUUUUAUGGUAUAAUUUUUUUAGUUCUACACAAAUUAAGUACAAAUAUUUUACGGGAAGGUAAAGAAUACUGAAUAUUUUUUCUUAUUUUACAUCUUUAUUUGUGUUAUAAGGAUGACAGGUGUGAUAAGGAAAAGUCAACAAGUAUUUAAAGCAAAACGGUGCUUGAAAAUACGUGCACUUAAUUUGUUAUGUCGGUAGAAUUAACACUAAUUUAUUGAAGGCAAAUUUAGUUUACAAAAUGGCGUUUUUGAAGUACAUCUUUGCUCCUGCGAAGCAUCAAAUGUGUUUUCUGGUAUACAUCAUAGUUUAAAGCCGGGGACUAAUGUAAUAGGUAAAACAUACUUAAUAUUAAUUGUUCCUGCUAAAUUAAAACAGAAUGUAAAUGAAAGUUAAAUUACAAACUUCCAUAUAAGUAAAUUACUUUGACACUUUGGCAAAACAAGACUUUUACCUCUUGCGUAUGUCCCAAGAUGAUUGAAUAAAUUUAUUUAUGUAUGUACCUUUAUUGUACCUGGUCUCACAAAUAACCCUUUGGAUGUUGCUAUCCAAAGAUAUAAUAUCUUGAGAAUAUUUUAUCAUUCAUUAUUUAUAAGCAGGUUACGGGUAAGUUGUUUAAAGAUUUCUUUAUGAAUCGUUAAGUUUGUAAAGAAUUUGGAUUUAUUACAGAAAAUAUAAAGGCUUAUAAAGGACAGAUUAUAUUUAUUUUGUAAUAUCCAUAGAAAUAUACUUACUUUUUAGACCUGUAUUAGAUGUUGUAAAUAUUUUUAUUGUUACAUAAUUUUGAACACAUAUUCUGUUGCAAGUAAAACUUAAAUUCAUGUGCCUAUACAUUUAUUGAGUAAGGCGUGAGUUAUUGAAAGAGACCUAAAUAAUGUUCAUUCCACACAAAAUUUCCUUAUAACUAUAAAUUCUAACCUAUAUUCCAAGUCGCUUUCCAUUUGUCGCACAAAUUACAUGAUAUAUCCUCAUGCUGCACUUGGGCUUAAAGCUUCGUUUUUUAAAUUUAUAUUUUUCUUAUACAAACGACUUUACCAUUUUCCACUUUCAAGUGUAUUCACUUCUCAAUAAGCAAUACGUCGUCUAAAAUUAUUCAUGUUUCGUUUUAAAACUUUAUUUUCAAAUUAGGAUAUUAAUAUGUGCUACUACAUAAAUAUUUAGAAAUGAAUUUUUGACAUCUUUCAAACAAUAUACUAUUUUAUUUUAUAGUCCAAGUGUAGCAAUAGUAUAUUAGUAAACAGUUCUAAUCUUCUUGGAUGUGCCUCAAAACGCACUUUAACAUGAGAAUUAUAGUUCCGUUGUUUAUUGUUGAAUGGCCAUUGGCUUUUUGUACAAGCAUUAAUGUAAAUAAAGAUAAUUUAUUGAAA